AUGCUGUAUCCUGGCACUGACAUGCUGUAUCCUAGUACUGACGCGCUAAAUCCUUGCAGUGACAUGCUGCAUCCUGGCACUGACGCGCUGUAUCCUGUUACUGACACGCUGUAUACUGGUACUGAUAUGCUGUAUACUGGCACUGACACUCUGUAUCCUAGUACUGACGUGCUGUAUCCUAGUACUGACGCGCUGUAUCCUGGCACUGACACGCUGUAUCCUGGCACUAACACGCUGUAUCCUAGUACUGACACUCUGUAUGCAGGCACUGACGCGCUGUAUCCUGGCAGUGACACGCUGUAUCCUAGUACUGACGCGCUGUAA